AUGCAAGUGGUCACCUGGCUUCAACGUAUACUAACCGCUUUACUAGUCUUAUUCUCUGUCUAUUCCGCAUGGUACAUCUUUAUCAAACAGGACAUCAUUGAUAUGGAUAGAAUUCAGCGCCGACGGCGUAAAGAAAACAUGCAUCGACAUCAACGAAUACUCGGACCAGAACAGGCGUUGCGAAAAUCGACUGUUAAUUGA